AUGUGGAGGGUGAACAGAGGAGGCCUGGUUUCUCGGAGAGCCGUGUCCGUGCGCAAACUCUGGGCUGCUCUGCCCACAUCUCUGCCCCCGCUGAGGGCCGUACUGGAGAGGCAAGAGGAUCACGCCAUCAUCUUCAUCAGUGGUUCUCAGUUCUGGCUGUUUAAGGAUCUGUCUCUGCAGAAUGGUUUCCCGCAGCCGCUGUUUGCUCUGAAUCCCGCAGACCUGGAUGGAGAGAAACACGGUGUGCACUGGGACCCUGAUAAAGGAGUGGUGUGGGGGUCGGGAGUAGAGCGAGGAGAGGGCGGUCAAGUGUGGACCGAGCUCAUUGAAGGAGGAGUGAAUGGAAUUAUUACAGAGAACAAUGGAUCUCUCUUCCUCUUCAAAGGCUCUCACUAUUGGAAAUUUGCCCACCCAGGCUCCUCCCCUGAGGAGGGAUUUCCCCGACCUGUGGCCUCAGAUUGGUUGAAGUGCCCCGACCCUUCCCCUCAUCACCCUGGAGAUAUCUCUCUGACAUCCAUUGUUGGUCAGCAGGAGCUUCAAGAGAGGAAAGAGGAAGGCGCAUUGGAGCAGAUCAGGCGCAGGUCCAAAACUACAAUGAGACAUACAGAGAAUCAUGGGGAAUGUCCCUGCUCCAACAGCGCAUCACCACCUAACACAAGUCUGCAUUUCCUGAUGAUCAUCCUGCUCUUACACACUCUGACUUAUCAGUCAUCUGUGUCCCUUUUUACGACACGCUCACAUCCUGUUCGUCUUUAGAUAUUUUUAGCUGUUAUUUUUUUCUGGUUUCUUCAACUGUUCAAGCGAGUCUGUGCCCUCUGUAGCCCACUGUUCGGCAUGUUUUGCAUUCUGUGAUGCUUUUCUGCUCACCACGGUUGCAAUGAGUGGUUAUUUGAGUUACCGUAGCCUUCCUGUCAAGUCAAACCAUUCUGGACAUUCUCCUCUGCCCUCUCUCAUCAACAAGGUGUUACUUCCUGGCUGUUUUUUGUUUGUUCUUCUGUCAUGGCAUUCUGUUUAAACACUGUAGAAUGUUCCAGGUCAUUUGCAGUUUCUGAAAUACUCUAACCAGCCCCAUUCGACACUAUCAAACAAAACCACUUACAUUACGAUGUUCCCCCCAUUCUAUUCUCAUGUCUCAUGUAAACAUUAACUGAAGCUCUUGACCCGUAUCAUUACAUUGAUAUUACUGUAUAGCAUUAUAUUCCCCAGAGCACAGACGAGAUGAAAAAAGGGAACGAUUGCUGUAUGGCAUUCGUAUUUAUUGUGUCGUAUCUCGCUGGAUGACACUCGACAUUUGACCUCUGAUGUAACCUGUACUAAACUCCCAUCCCUGCCACACCUAAUAAUGAUUAAUGACUUAAACACACUUUGUGUCCAUCAGCAAUAGGAAUCAUUGCUAGAACAUUUAUUUA